AUGGUGCUUUCAAUGUGUCGGUGCGUGUUAUUGCUGCUAAGUGGUCUAUUGUUCGUCCUAAUCUGUGAUAUUGAUCGUGCACAGGGUGCUUCCGUCUACAAAUCACCUAAUCUCGACGAUGCACGUUUCUGGCGACGAAAUGCUGAAUCCUACCUCAAGAAAGUAUUAAUGUACGACGAAAAUCGUCGUAUAAUACCCUCGAUGGCGAAAAACAUUAUCAUCUUCGUGGGCGACGGUAUGGGAAUUGCCUCACUAUCAACAGGACGCAUCUUCAAGGGCCAACGAGCCGGACGAUCGGGUGAGGAAGAACAGUUGAGCUUCGACAACUUCCCCAACACGGGCAUGUCGAAAACGUACAACACCGACCGACAAGUACCGGACUCUGCCGGUACCGCCACUGCCAUGUUCUCUGGCAUCAAAACGAAAUACGGCGUGCUUGGGGUGGAUUAUACGAUCACCGAGACAAAUUUGGAGGCAGCCAAAGUACCAUCGUUCAUAGAUUGGGCACAGGCAGAAGGUAAGCGAACGGGCAUAGUGACAACGACACGUGUUACACAUGCAACGCCCGCCGCCUGUUACGCUCACAGCAUUAACCGGAAUUAUGAGUGUGGUGCAAAUAUUCCUGUACAUCUGAAAAAUCGCAUCAAAGACAUCGCUCGUCAGAUGGUUGAGGAUGCACCGGGAAAGAAUCUAAAUGUUGUGCUUGGUGGAGGUAGAAAUCAUUUCGGGGCAUCCAUGCCAGCACAUCUAAAGCCGGAGUAUAAAUUCCAAGGUGCCAUGGAGAAGACGUGUAUUCGCAUCGAUGGACGUAACCUGGUUGAGGAGUGGAAGCAACGCUGGAAUGGUACAAAAGCUGCAUACGCCUGGAAAACUUCCGAUCUGAGAGCAGCGGAGCUGGAUAAGGUAGAGCAUCUACUCGGUCUGUUUAAUGACGAUCAUCUUAGCUAUGAUUCAGUACGAGACCGAUCGCCAGAUGGAGAACCCUCACUGAGUGAGAUGACUGAGGCAGCGAUCAAGGUACUACAGCGACCCGACUCACCUGGGUUUGCUCUCAUGGUUGAAGGAGGUCGCAUCGAUCACGCACAUCAUCAAAACCAUGCUCAUCUCGCAUUGGCCGAGGUUGUUGAACUAGACAAAGCCGUCGAAACAGCACUCAAUAUGGUCGAUCUUGACGAAACGCUGAUCAUCGUAACAGCGGACCAUUCCCACGCGAUGACCUUCAACGGUUAUCCAGACCGGGGAAACGACAUAUUGGGCUUCGGUAAUCGACCCAACGCAACACCUUAUGAAACGAUUACCUACGCAAACGGACCCGGUUUCCUGCAGCACCGUUGGAACUCCAGUAUGCUGACAGAAGAGUCUACCGAUUGGGCGACAUGGGUUAAGCUGAAUCAGCUCAACAGGAGCGAAGUCACCUACCGGCAUCUCUCAGCAUUCCCAUUGUCGGAUGAAACGCACGGCGGUGAAGACGUGGCCGUGUUUGCCUCCGGUCCCGGUGCUAAUCUCGUCCGCGGUACGUUCGAACAGAACUAUAUCGCGUACGUUAUGAGUUACGCUGGAUGCAUGGGUCCGGCCAAACGACUCAAUGUUGCCUGUGACGACGACUUCCGACAGGAGUAUACUAAAACGUCCAGUGCGCAACGUGCCGCCUGCAGUAUUGCACUAGUCAUCGUCUUCAUGCAUGCCAUUGUAGGAAUAGUCAGGCGAAUAUAA